AUGAUCGGCAGAAAUAUCGGGUAUCUGAUUCAUCCGGAUAUCCUGCGGUCUCUCCCGUCGAACAAACCCAAGAUUGCCGAUCUUGCUACCGGAACGGGUCGAUUUCUGCUCCGGUUAGUGGAAACCAAGCUGGUCGAUGAUACUGCUAUCCUGCAUGGAAGCGACAUCUCGGCCACGCUAUUCCCGGCCCCAGCCACCCUACCGCCGAAUCUGCAGUUGACCGUGCUGGACAUUCGCGUCCCUAUUCCCAAACACCUGGAAGGGACGUAUGAUUUCGUGCAUGUCCGCCAAGUGGCCGCAGGGCUCACGUCGGAGGACUGGGUGGAUACGGUGACGAAUCUGGCCAAGCUCCUGAAGCCAGGCGGGGCGAUGCAGUGGGAAGAGUGCAACUUCACUAGCGUGGUGCACCUGCGGGGCGCGGGAGUGGGGGCGAGUACGGAGACGGCCGCCCGUAAGCUAGGGAAGAUGUUUAAAUCCGGCCUGUGGCAGUAUUUUCGACACGGAUGGAAUCGAUUGGAGGAAGGGAUGAUGGCGGCUGGGCUAGAGGGGGUGGCGUCGGAGGUGGUUAGCUCGGAUCGUGCUCCGGAGACGAGGGGCGCCUUGACACGGAAUGGGAUGCGAGCCAUUUUAGCCUGGGCGAAUGCCAAGGCACAAAACGGAGGCUUGCAGGAUGAGAACAAACGGGCAGUAUCCCUUGCCGAGGUAAAAAGUCUCGGGGAGCAAGCUUACAAGGAUAUAGAUUCGGGAUGUUAUGUUCGGUUUGACAUCCAUGUGGCAUGGGGAGUUCGACCGGAAUGA